AUGUCAACUUUUCAUAUUGACCAUAACAAAACAUCUCUGCUACUACCAGUGAAACCUUACAAACCAACCUGUAAUCUCUCAUUCCUGGAUGUUACGCUUGAAAACUUGAACAUAUCGAGUACACCACACAUGGAUGCGGGCGAACAGUCUCUCGUAAACAUGACAGUGGAGAAAUACCUGGACUACCUGAACACAUCUUUCGCAGCCCGGCUAUUACCCGCUGUGGUGGUGCUGGUAGUGCUGAUGGCCGUGGGUUCCAAACGCGGCACGGUAACCCUGUUCAUACAAUCACUGGCUGUCUUUGACCUUCUCAGCUGCUGCCGCAUAAUUUUUAAAAACAAAACACACAAACAACCUCGAGAAAUAAUGUCAAUGUUCCUUCUUUUUGUGUCUUCAGGGGAGAUUAUCGACAUGACCAACAACUACACGUUUGGGAGUCACUCGCUGUGUAAGAUUAUGAGAACCGUCAAUCUCUUCUGUACUGUGUCCUCAGGAGCUACUCUGGUGGUUGUGGCCAUAGAUAGGCAAAGAAUUUGUUGUCCACUCAGAAAACAAAUCACACCGAAAGGGGCAACAAUUGUCGUUUGUGUUUGUGCCGUAUUGGCAUUGAUCAUCUCCCUUCCUACCGCCAUAUUGUACGGUAGCCGAAGCAUUUUUACAGACCUGCCAUCAGUGAAUGGAACCGACUGCUCAAUCAGUGACCAGUUUGCCAACACAGUGUUUCCUAUUGCCUACAACGGCCUGCAAAUGCUUCUGUUUCUUGCGGGAGCAGUCAUACUGAUCGUUCUGUACUCACUCAUUGGCAGCAAGGUCUGCCGCCACGUGAAACAGCAAAUAGUACGCCGGAAAAGUAGUUGUGCAGCACGCAGCAGAUUCUCACCUGGUGGUGCCUCUACGUGCUCCGUGUACUCGGGAAACGCGAACACUGGUUGUCGUGUGGAGUCGGGCUUGUCUAGUUUGGUCAAUGGACAUGGAGCCACAGAGGUCACCGAUCGUUUUCUGCCAGUUAAUGCGCAGAUAGGUGUAACUGUGAAUGUGAGGGCGGACAUGCUGAACAAGAAGCAAGAAAACGAAGUGCAACGUAAUAAUUGCAGCAGAUAUGAUUAUGAAGAAGUCACAUGCUUUAGUGGCGAAGAUGUCAGUUUGCCAGUGCAUGGAACAGAUUGUCAGAUGAUAGAUGUUAAUGUAGAAAAAUGUGAUGUAGAAUCUACGACAGCAAAAUUGUAUCUGCAGACAAAUCGGCUUAUAGAUAAAUGUUACGGUAUCCCUGAAAACAAUACAGAAGUGGAAUUACAUAACGACGUUCAAAUACGACUGAUCAUGACCUCGUAUGACCUUUUAUCUACAGGCAGCAGACGUACGACGCUUAUGCUGUUGAUGAUUACACUGAUUUACGUGCUGUCCUUCCUGCCCCACCUGGUGCUCAUGGCACUCAAGGCCGUGGACGGGGACAUCCUGGCAGGACCUAGCACCGCAUGGGAGCUGACCCAGAACUUGCUGAUCCGGUCUUAUUUUAUAAACAGUGUGGCGAACCCCAUUAUUUACAGCUUCUUCUCCAGGCAUUUCUUCAGGCGAUGCAGGGGUUCGAGAAAUGGAUGUUCUAGCGGGUAG